AUGCCGGCCCUAUAUCCACCCUCAUCACCAAUUGCGUCUUUCAGAGACGAAGAAAACGAUCCAUUUUAUCAACCUGUCGAGAAGGAAUCGGUCUCUACACUAAAUUUCUUCAAGAAAAAGGCCGGAAUCACUGGCCAUGUCGCUCAGUAUCCCACACCAAACCCUUCCUCGACUCUUGGUGUAUCUUCGCCUUUGAAAACGAGUGCAAAACACAACUCUAGCUCCCAAACACCAUCAGACUGCGAGUUUGAGCAAGAAUUGCGUCACGAAAUCGGCUCCUCUCGGCUCCAAAAGUUAGCACAGCCUCUGGACAUCUUUCUCGAUUCUCGUGUAGAGACAAGAGUCUCAGUGGGACGCAAAAAUAACCUGUGCGAUGUAGUCUUGCCGCGUCAUAAAAACGUGUCUCGACUCCAUGCGUUUGUUACGUAUUCUCCAGCAACGAAACAGGUGAAAGUGGAGUGCAAGGGCACCAACGGUCUCAUUGUCGUGUUUCCUGUCAAGUUGGAUUUGAAAUUGGCAGUUUCUUCAGAAUACGCCAAUACUUACAGGUUAGUAGAAGAGACUAGCAGCGACAUUGUACUAGCGACAAAAGAACUCGUUCGCGAUACUCGUCUCACCUCUUUCGUGGUGUUACAAGGCGAAACGGUUUACAUGCCCUACGUUGAAAAUACCAGACUCGAUUUCAGACAAGCUGAGUGCAGAAUGAUUAUCAAACAAGCCCUGGAUGACCAGUUCGAUGACCUUCACAAUGAAACCGAAACAGAAGACGAACUCCAAGCACUGAACAUCACAAGUGAUGAUUUCCCACAAGAACCGCAUACACCAACACGGAAAAUGGUUCCUGUUUCGACAUAUUUGAAGCCAACUUUGCCAGCUGGAACAGAACAAAAUUCUGCCUCUAUGGUAUCACAGUCAGUUCCAAAAAUGGCCGAGAAAAACUUCAAUAAUGACUCUAAGAAGGAUCAAUCUGUAGUAGGAGUCACAAAUUCUGCUGCAAAGAAUCAAACUAACACAUCUCCAUGGCCAAGACCCGAUGCCAAGAAACCAGCGUUGUCUGAAGCCAAAGAUUCUCCAAAAUCCGCUAAGCUGGCCAAGAAGCCUGUGAAGACAAUGAAAGCUGCUGAUGAUACAAGAUCGCAUACAGUCCCUCAAGUUCAACCCGCUGCUAUUGUUGAGGCGAAGAUAAAAGAUUCCGCCGCCCCUGCAAUUGAACAGCAUACCGAAGUACCGCCUGAGCUGCAUCAAACUCCUCGAAAACAAAAGGAGACCUCAGCUCAAAGGAAAGAAACCGCACCACUCAGCGAUGCUCACGACAACUCUAGGCGUAGAAAAUAUGCAUCUCCUUCCCCUAAGAAAAAUCAUAAAAGGAAGAAUAAGCCUCAGCAGCCCAACUUCUCUAGCGAAGAUGUACUUUCACAAAUGGCUUCACGCGGAGUCGCCCCAGUAGAUCUCCAACAUGUGCUGGCUAACCAUUUGGCAUUUUCAAACGUACAACAAGUGCCCUUCUCACAGCUUCAGGAAGUCAACUCAACAAUCUCGAAAUUGAAGCACUUCGAACUACGUGCACUUUUGAAAGCUGAGAAGUGCAUAGGUGUUAUCUAUCGCGAAGGUAAAGACGCUGCUGGUAAGCCUCUGGAUGAAGAAUAUUAUUAUGAUUUGGAAAACGAUUCGGAUAAUAACAGGAGACAACUGGUGUCUUCUCUGAAAGGUGGCAGAACAGGUCUAAGGAAUUGCCGGAAAGUCCAUAAGCAGUACUUUUGGAAGAAACCCACCUAA